UUGCGACAGGCAGAGGCGAAUGAAUACCUACAUUCGUCGACAACGAACCACCAAGUGACGACGACGACGACGGAGAAGAAGAAAAGCUCUGGUGGCGAGCGAGCUCGCAGCUCUCAACAGGCACUGGUACUGAAGGAAAACGACACUUUUCGGUUGCAAUCCGGCACGAUUCGGUCGGUUUGGUGGCACACGGGUGCAGCUAGUGGUGCACUUCCGGUCGGAACGCACUUCUCCGUAGUGGCAGAUCCAGUUUUGAGCAGGGAAAAACGGCCCUCUGGAACAGCAGCAGCAGGAGUGAGGAGGAGGCGAACGAAAAAGAAGGAAAGCACGGCAGCAGGAAGAAAAAGAACACACACACACACACACAUGAAACACUGACACGGCGCAGCACAGCACGGACGGACGGAGGAGUACGGCGAAAGAGAGCGAGAGGGAGAGAGAGAGUGUGUGUGUGUAUCAGAGUGUCGGUGGAUUUUCUGUUGGAACGAGAUUCGUCGGAGACCUCUGUGAGGACGGUCGGUUGGUUGGUCGGGAAUCGUUUGUACUCGAGAACAGACCCCUCGAUAAAAAGAGGGAAUUCAGGAAGAGGGCGGAAGUGUGUGUGUUUGUGCGUGCGUGAAGGAUUACUACGGUUCUUUUGGGAGUGAAGGGCCUGGUUGUGGGCGACCGGAAGGUGCCCCGUCCUAGUGUGUGUUAUCAUCCAACCUGACCUGCCCCUGGUUUGGGCUCAGACGGACGGAGGAGACAGCAGGUGGAUUUGCUGACGGUGUCCGACCCCGAUCAGUGUGCCGAAUGUGCCAAGCAAGCGUUGCCGGGAGUGUCCUGCCCAAGGAACUUCCAAACUCCAGCAGCCUGCUACGAUUCUUCAUCCAGAUCCAGUUUCUUUAAUACGUAAAAAGAGAAGAAAACCUCAAAAGUAUAGAAAAAAUAUUCCAAUACACACAAUAUUGUGCGCGAAAUUCGUGGCUGUGAAGUGAGUUUAAAACGCAGAAAAUAUUUCCAAUCUCAGGGCAUUUUUUUUCCUCGUUCCUUGGAAUGAAUGAUUUCAGUAGUCCCUAGUGUGUGAUUUAAAUGAGCGAAAUACUAAGCCCCUUAUUAUUUUGAUAGUGUGUUCGGGGUGUUCCGAGUGUAUGUGUGCAUGGAAAUACGAGAAAAUGGUGACGAAGCUCUGAAAAACUCCAGAGUGUGAAGAAAACCAUUGAAACCAUCCAACGAGCAGCGCAGAGCUCCAGCACGUCCCGCAGAGUGCGAACGAAGGAAAGAAGAGAGAGAAAUAAAGGAAGGUUGACAGAUUGCGUUGGUGUUGGUGCGUUGGCCGCCGUCGUCGUCGGCUCGGGGGUGUCGUAGAGGCGCUGCAUGUGUGUGUGGUCGUGCGUGUGGUGACACACCAAAGCGCGCGGGGGGAGAAGAAUCGAUUUUUCCCUGUCCCCUGGCCGCCCGUCUCCCCACCAUAUCCCGAGAUCCUCGCGGAUCUUCACAAAUGGAGCCAGCCCUCGGGACGGUACAGCUUCAGGACAGUUGCGGAAGCGCGGACGGUCAAAGCAGGCGGAAGGAAGUGUGAAACGGAAGCACGAAGGACCAGAUGUGCCACCGUCGUCUCCGCCAAGGUUCCCACUGCUCCAGCUUGCAGGAGAUUGAUGGGUAGAUAGCGCACGGUUUGCGAACCUGCUGCCAGUGGAGCAUACGCGAAAGAAGGAGAGCACGGCAGAGCAGAAAGGGAGAGAGAGCGAGAGACUCUGCUUGCACAUAUGCGCCGCGGAUCCCGACCGAAGGAGGAAUCAAGUAGCAGUCAAAAUAAUCAAUUAAUUGAUAAUGUCCUCUUGCAGCGAAAAUUAAAGCCGCGCGCAAGAACCGCUGUGUGAGCGGAAAAAGGCAAGACUGAGAGAAAACGAAACAGAGGGAGAGAGAGAGAGAGUGGAGAGAAUAAGAAGCAACAGCACUUGAAUCGGACAUUCCACGGCGGAAAAAGACACACAUAGCAUAUACACAAACACACAUGAACUUGCUAGCGGCUGGAAGAGGCAAAAAAACGACACACACGGUUGUGGUGAUCUCGCGCUGGAGCACAACAAAUUAAAGGUAUUAUAAAAGAAACCACGAAAGCGAGCGAAGGAAAGAGGGAGAGCGAGCGCGAGCGCCUGCUAGCGAGAGAAAAGAAAGAAGCGAAACUCUGUGGAAUCCCACACACAUUCUUGGAGCCGUGUCGCCGCUGCCACAUAUCUUCCAACCCCCGCCGGCACACCUCCCCGCAAGCCUUUCGGCAACGGGGGGGACCCCGAAGGAUCCGGUUGUUCGGUUGAGGGUGGACCAUGUAUAUUAUCAACCCGACCAGCGGCAAGGAGAUCCCGAACAGCUACCCAACCAGCUCGAGCACCGGCAGCAACUCUAGCUCUAGCUCCAGCGGCAGUCCUGCGGCCGCCGCCAACCAAGAGAUUAUCAGCAAAAUUCUGACAAAAUGUGCCACGAUGACGGAUGAAGUCGGCACUACGACCGCCACCACUACCACCACCGUCAAUGGUACCGCCACGAUCCUGCUGUCUCCGUCGGCUGCGGCGGCGGCAGCUGCUGCCGCGCACCACCACCACCACCAGCUCCAGCAGCAGCAGCAGCAACUUCCGGUGGUAGGAGUCUCCCCGCAAUCCUCACCCGCGUCCUCGUCCUCGUCGGCCUCGUCACCGACGGCGGACGGACCACAGCCGAAGGCUAAGAGUUCGGGUGGGACGAACGGGACUGCCGGGAAGCAUGCUAUGGUGGCCGGAAACGGCAAACUCAACGGGAACGGUACGCAAUCGUUGUCGGUCAGUGGUGGUGGCGGUUCCGGCGGCAGGUUGCAGUUUUUCAAAGAUGGAAAGUUCAUCCUGGAGCUGGCCCGUGCGCGGGAGGGCGAAAAGACCGGCUGGAUUUCGGUUUCGCGCAAAACGUACUACCCACCGACGGUCAGCUCGAUCAGUGCCAACUUCCACAAGCACGAGAGCUCAACCUCGCUCAGCUUUUCCGACGACAACAGCUCGAUCCAGUCUUCGCCGUGGCAGCGGGACCACUGCUGGAAGCAGACCAACCCGCGGCCAAACAUUUCCCGCGAGAUGUCCCUGUACUACCACCGGCCGAGCUCCGUGCGGUUCAAGCUGCCCCGAGAUCUGCUAAAGCGGUUGCGACUGAAACGGCGUCGACCGUACGAAACGGCAGUGCCGCUGCCACCGUUGCACUAUGAGAUUACUAGGGAUACCAGGCAGAGGACGACGGAUGAUGAGGCGGGCACCUCCGAGGACGAUGCGAUGGAUCUGAAGGUGAACGGAACGACGUCUUCGGAGGAGGCCAAUACCAACGGUGCGGUUGAGAAUGGUGGUGCGAGCAAAGAUUUCAAGAUUCGGAAGCGGCGAGGACUGCUACAAAGGAGGCGAGAACUGGCCGCGAUCGUGCAACAGUUGACGGUUCGUGUAGCGAACACGGUCAACAGUACACCGGCACGACCAACGCCCAGCAGUUUGCGGUUCUCCUCGUCCCACCAGCAGCACGUUUCGCCGCGGAAAAGAAUACUCAGAGAGCUGGAGAAAGUCUCGCUGGAGGAUAGCAGUACUAUGAAAAGAUCUCGUCCAAAACCUGGCAGUAAUAGUAAUGUUAUCACGGCGACGACCGCAACUCCACUGGCGCCAGCCGUCGUCACCAGCAACGGCAGUAGCAAUGGGAACGGCAAGUUGACCAACGGAACAGCUACGCCCGCUCCGACGGCGGCGGUCGUUCCGCCAACGACGCCCGUGUCAAGGCCCAUAAGUAGCUACAGCAUAACCUCGCUACUAGGACACAACUCGUCCGGUGAAAGCAGUAACAUCAGCAGCAGGAAGCAGGAAACAAACUCUACAACUAGUCAUCAUCCGUACCAACAACAACACCACCACCACCACCACCAUCAGCCUUCCUAUCAGUAUCUUGGAAAGGAUGCAAUCACCUCACCGAAGUCACCCUCCGAUGCACAUCUAAGUCAGAGGUACUAUGGCAAGAAAAAAUCACCCAGUUAUGGUGGAACGGCAGCGGCUUCGCCGAAUUCUGCGGGUAUGGAGUACACCAUGAUUCGCUCGCCGGAUCUAAGUCCGAGUCCGGAACAUCAAGGUCACAGCUUCACGCGCUACCGGCAGCAUCCGUACAGUAUUCACCCGACGGUUUCGUCCCCAAGCAGCAGCUACUCGACCGUUUCCCGAUGUUCACCAUCGCCCAGUACGAAUGACUCGGCCAGUUCGCCCUAUAGCGGUGGAAAUGCUGCCAAGUAUCGGCCAACUUAUCUGGCGUCCAGUGGUUCCCCACCGUCUUCCGCGAAUCCUGCUGGUUCGGCCAAUUCACCUCAACACUACUCACGACAGUCACCGCUGAAUUUUGCCCGAUCGCCACCUCCUUCGCAUCAGUCCAACUACCCACCGCUAGCCCGAAAGGAACCCUCUUCGUCGCCUCGUGCAUCCCCGGUUGUCGACCCGGUGCGCGUUCCGACCACAACACCAACCUCGUCAUCAGCCGCAACGCCCACCAUCCGGACGGUUCCAAAGAAGACAGCUGCUCUGAGGCAACAGUUUGGAUCACCGUCCCCGUCUUCGCCGUCAACCGAUCCGGUAAAGCGGGAACGAUCCAAUUCGAACGCUUCAUCGACGUCCUCCGAGGUGAAUCGAAGUGGUGCCCAUCUCAAGAAGGAACUUGACUACGCCGAACGGUCCGCAGCCGUCGACAUGGUAGACGGCGUCCAUCACCAUCCCUCAUCAUCUCAGGCUAGUCCGGUGAUCCGACCGAGCACGGUGAUUGCAUCGCCCACUCCUCAUCAUCCGGUUCCGAAUCCGUUCUACAUGUACCCACCGCAAAUAGCCGCGUCGCUUCUCGCUGCCCAGCAGUCCAGUGCUGUUCCCUUCUUGCCGGCCUCGCCGCUCACAUCGUACUAUCAGCACAUGUACAACCAGGCAGCUGUGGCCGCGACCUACCGGAACCAGGUGUGGAUGCACUACCAAGGUCUCGGACCACACGCUGCUGCUGCCGCCGCCGCAGCUGCAGCGGCCGCCGUAUCACCACCAGUCGCCCCAACAGCACCCCCACCACCAUCGUCCGGCGGUUCGCGAGACGCACAACGUGAUUCCAGUCGAAUACAUUCCGUCAGCACUGCCACCGCCAUCAGCAGUAGUUCCUCCCCCUCGCCGGCGUCUGCUGCACUGAACUACAGCGCAGCAGCGCUUGCCUCCUCGUCCCACCAUCCGCCACCACACCUUCAUCCGGGAAUCGCCUCGCACUGGAGCACGCCCAGCUCCGGCCGGAGAACGCCACCACCUUCGUCGGCAGUAACGAGCUCAGCCGCGAAAAGCGACAUCGGAGCAGACGUUCCUCUCAACCUAUCGAAGCACUGAUCAUCCGCUUGGUGGCAACGUGGCCAAUUCCCAGGGACUGUGAGUCAUGCGUGGAAACCAGCAGCAGCGAAUUCGUACCAGUAAACAAUAGAACACGGUGGGCAAAAUAACCACAACAACAAACCGCCUAAUACAAGAAAAAAUGGACGGGAGAGGAGUAACGCCUAGCGUUCCACAAUCUCGCUCCAUUUUUGUGUUUGUGUAAAUGUAAGUGUGAUCUGUAGCUGAGUCACUUUAAACAAAGAAGGUAAAACAAAACUGAGUGCAGCCGUCGUGUUUGUGUAUAUUUAUCAAUAGAAGGGAAGAGAGGGAAACAAAACAAAACGACACAACUAACCGUAUGCUUUUUAGUGUUGGUGUGUGAUUCGCAUAAACAUAUAUACAUAAAUAUAUAUAUAUUGUUUUAAGAGUAUAUACAACCUAUAUAUUGAUGGGAAAACAGAGAAGAGAUCAGGAAAAAAACACAAACAACCAUUUACUGUAGCAAAGGGGUCCAGACUACAAAACAAAAAGAAAACCUAAGGUUUUAAACUAUUUUCCGAUGAAAAGAGAAACAAGAGGAAACUAUUUUUGCUAAGAUUUGUAAGAAAUUAUAAAAGAGGAAAUUAUAUACAUGUAACAUAUAUACACACAUCUACAUAUACACGUACAGAAAUAUUAUAUAUACAAAACGAGAAAAAGGAUCGCGACGAAAUUCAAUUUAUAAACGUUUUGGCAAAACACUACAUUUUAUGAAGAAUUUUAGCGCUCAGUAAAUUAUACCACUGGGUGUUUGAACUCUGCAAAAUAACAGCGAAAACAAUGCGAGUCAAUUACACGAUUCGUGGCCGUGAAAUUCUCAACCAAAUCUAAAUAUGCAGAUUGAUCACUGUUGAACGUGGCUCCAUUUGCGAGGUGUCACUUUCAUAAUGGUUCCUUUUUCUUCAAACCAAACCACGAACCAAGUAAAGACAUGCAAAUUUUGAAGCACUUUUAUUUGUUCAAUACGCAAGCUACAUGUUUUGAGUGGAUUUUGAGCAAACUACGUUUAAAUUGCUCAGUUUUAAGCAGUUGCUACUCAAUAUUUGAGUACUCUUUGUAUGACGAUUUCAAAUUUGCAAUCUAGCAAAACAAUUCAAAAGGGCCAUUUUGGACUUGCAAACAAAGAGCGUAUUUUGCCCACGCUAGAAGAUGUUUACAUCUGGCAUGAAAGGGAUACACUCUUUGUUUACACUACGGCCUCUUUGCAUUGUUUUGCUUGAAAUGUAUAAUUUGCGUGUCAGAACUGUCAUUCGUACACGCUUAUUGCGUGUUGAACGAGAUUGUGUUUCACUUCUGCGUGUCUGAAAAUCAACUAUAAUAACCACUAGAAGUGCUAUCAAUUAAUCAGUGUGCAUCCAAAAUAUUAUCUUCCUCCUCAAUAGCUUGUCCCGCCUUCCCGAUGUGUUUCCCCUUGUUCCCCGCGCCUUUAAAAUGACAACCCGGCGGAGAGAUACACGAAAAACGAAUCUCAUUCUCUCAAACCCACUAUUGUAGUUUGUGUUUUAAAGCAAAUGUCGCUAGAUGAGCAUGUAAUGUGUAUAUUCUAUUAUAGACUGAAACUAUAUUACUCCUAGGAUGUGUACUGCGUUUGAGUGCGAAAGUGUGCGAAAGAAACGAGAGUUUGUAAGAGUGUGAAUUUGUAUGUUUAACAGUUUUUGAAACGAAAAACACGUUCAACGUUGUUGGAAAAUUUCAGAUCAAAACGCAAAAAGAACUCCGUGAGAACAAAUAGGUCAGAGAUUCAAAUAUUUAUCAAAAAAAAUCAAACAAAAUCAAAUUAUCAAAUCGCCAAUCAAACCGGAAAAAAUAUUAACAAAGCCAGAGUCUAACGAGUUAAAGGGUCGAUAAUAUUUUUGCUAUUUUUAUACAAACUAUAGCCACACGCGCAAGAGAAAUGAAAAUUUCGGCCGGCCAAAAUUUUAAGAAACAAAGUACUAAACAGAGAACAACACAGUUUUACUAAAGAAAAUACUAAGAAAAAAAAACAACAACAAAAAACGAGUGUGCCUUUCAAAACAACAACUACAACAAAAGAACUAAACCAAAAUGGAAAUUCACUACAAUUACAACGGUAAAUGAUCUUAUUGAAAAAUACAAACAAAAAUCCUAGAGAACAGACUUGAACGUUAAAGACACAACAAAUAUAUAGAAAUAUUACAUCAUACAUACACAAACCGAACGACGAUAGUCCAGCAGAAAGCCUAAAAUUGUGACAAAUCUUAUGAGCAUCGAAUCGACCUCCCACAUGAGAACUAACUUACCGAAACAUCAAAGCACAAAAAAGCAGUAAUUUGCAUUUUUUGGUCGCGGAAUAGCGAUGACUGAAGGUAUAAAUCCGUACUUUAUGAGUGAAAUUUGCAAGUUCUGCAACACCUAAACGUUGCAGGACUUUUCAAAUUUCGUUUCUUAUGUUAAAUAUAUUUUUAGAUAAUAUAUUAAUGGCGUCUGUGGAAGGUCCCGCUCUGACUCAAAAUCACCUGUUGAGCCUUAUGUAAACGUCAUUGUAUGCAGUUGAAACUAAAAGCUAAAAGUGAAUCUUCCAAAUUUUGGUAUAACCUUCCUUUAGUGUAAUUUUGGAAAAAGUUGACCAACUUUUUAGUAAGAUUCAGAUACAUCAAUCAUUCCUCUGUGAUUUUGAAUGUGUUUUUGAUACGUAAAUCACAAUAAGAUCCUGCUGAUUUUCUAUACGAUUUUUGACGCAAUCGAAAUUGAAACGAUUAAGUCACAUUUGAGAAUAGAAAACCACCAAGAUUGAUAUUGCAUAAAAUAAUGCAUGAAUCCUUCACUUAUCUCUAUUCCGUGACCAGUAAUGCUAAUGUCUACGCCCACUAAAAAAAGUAUGCCAAAUCAUGUGUUGAUUUCUCCGAAGGAAGCGAUCUUUAGGUUUUGUUGUGUAGAUCAUUAUUAAGAGCGAGAGAGAUAAAACCAAAACAAACCAACAAACAUGCUUUAAAAUAUGUCCCCAAGAGAUUUCAGACGCGAACAAACUGGUUAGUUUAAAUUUGUCGAAACAGACAGCGCACACACAUACACAAAUACAUUCCAGGGUAGGAUACGAAAUCAGUAGAACGAAAGUCAACAACUUCUAACAUUUCCACGAACAUUUAAGUAAACUUUUCUUUUUUUUUCAAGCAAGCACACAAAUACAUACACAGCACACCCUCACAUGCAAACAUGUCGCUCCCUUAACUUUUGCCACUGUAAAACAAACUAAAAUUUGCUUGUUUCGAGCAGAUUUUAUCAAUAUAUCAUCAAACAAGUUUGUGAGUGUAUCUCGUACGUCGUACUCAAAACUGAAUUAAUCGAACGCCGGCAUUCGAGAAGCUUUUUUCUGCAACGUAUGAUAUCCAGAUUUUGAGGCAAAGAUGGCGUUACGAAAAUGUAAAAAUCGCGCAGUGGUACCAACAUUAGAAAAAAACCACAUUUAAGUUUGCAUGAUUUUUAUGCGAGCAUGCCAGCCUUCUACAACCUUGUUUCAAAUCAUCUAGUUUUCGUCAAAAUUGAACCUACUAAGAAAUGAGCAAAUUGGGCAUCUGUCAGAUUUGCGUAAAUUUCUCUUAGAUCUUACUCAAUUCAGUUUCGUUGAAGUGAAGUUCACUCAAAUCUGACAGAUGUCUCUUAUACUCGUUCUGUGUUUAUUCGAUUUAGACGAAAAUUGAGCUAUUUUCAAUUUGCGUAUAAGUUUGAUUUGAAAUACUCACAUUUUUGUUAUGUUAUGCGGAGCGUCUGUUCACACAAACGUUGGGCGUUUUCUCAAAAUAUUUCAUUUUCCCCGCACUGUUCUUUGGCGCAUUUCCCUUUGGCCGUUUGAGACGUGAAACGAGUAGAACUUGAAUUUCCAGAAAAUAAUGAUUUAAAUCUAAAUCGUAUACAAAACAAAGUUGAUUUAUUUUAUGGUGUAAUUUAUUUAAUUUAUUUUUCGCUAUCUAAUCAAAAGGAAUAUUUUCGAAAAAAGAAUCACAAAAACAUUGGGUGAAACUCACAGUUAGACAGAUUCGGAUGUUGCAAAUAUUAUGUUUACUGGGACAGGUUAGAGUUCUGUACAUUAUUUCACUCACUUUCGAAUAGAUAGACCUCAUUCAGGCUCUCGUUGUGGACUGAAGAUGAAGGGUUUCAUUCAAAUCCGUCAGAGUUUACGCCGACGGAAGAACAAACACACUAAACGAGCACUGUUAACUUUUAAGGGUAAAAGAUUACAAAACUAAAAGAUUUCUUUGUAUAAACUAUGAUAAUUAGAUAUGGAAGCGAACAGUUGCACACAACUACAAAACACACAAAAAACGAACAAAUAAGUGUUUGUAAACAAGUAAGACUCGUAAAUGUAUGCCAACGCUUUGUAAUCGGUUUAGAUAUCAGUGAGGUAUAGCUUUUUCGUAGAUUUUAAAUUGUGCGGAGACAUCCCAAAAUGCAAGUCGUUCCAAAUAUCCAAACACUAUCACUUAUAAACAAACACAUACAAAUACAUAGCUUUCAACUAUUACAAUACUUUCUUGUGCAACAAUAGAAACAAACACAUUACUCUACACUACAUCAUACCAACAUAUACCGCAUACCUUAUAUCCCUAGCUAAGUUCACUAAGUCACAGCUGCAUUAAAACGAGUGAAGGACCAAUCCUGGAACUAAUUGCAUUUUGAUCGACUCACAUAAAAACGAAAAAGACAAAAGUUUUGAUUGAAGCGAUAUUUUUUUCACUUUCUAAUAAAAUGGUCAGGUGUUAUAAUUCUGCUUUGUGUACAUUUAUUGGGAAAAACCAACGGCAGAAAAUAUUUAUAUUAUAAACGUAAUGUAAAGAAAAACACUGAAUAAAGAACAACGGCAAGACAUGAGUUGGAAAACGUAGGAUUUCAUUAGUUUUUUUUUUCUUUUUUGAGUUUUAAGUUAUUGUAUUAUUAGUUUUUUACGUAGCUUUCCGUUUGGACCACUGGCUGGAAGGGAGAAUAUUUUAUAUAAAUAUACUAAAGAGUUGAGACGACGAAGAACGUGGAACAAAAACAAAUUUACGAAAGAUUUUACAAUGAAACUUUUCAACUCCGUAGUUUAUUUUCAAAUGAAGGUGAGAUUUUUUUAAGGAUAAGCUAUAAUGGCACAGAUGAAAAUAAACAAACUGAAACAAUGAGUUGACUUGAGAAAAAGGAAAAAUGAAACAAUUCUCUAUUCUUUAUAAAAUAGUAGCUGUACAGUAUUUUUCCAUAUAAAUAUAUUUUAUUAUCCGUAUCAAUUAAUUACUAUUCUUAUUACUGAAUUAUGAUAUAACACAAAUAAAUAAGAUGAAUGAAAUAAAAUUGAUUCAAAUUAUAAA